ACGCGCGUGCUGACGUCGCCGCGGCCGCGGCCUCUGAAGCGGACUGGGGCUCGGGGGGCGCCGAGUUUGACUAGUUUGGGGUCCGCCGGGUAGCUUGGCUCUGCUCCCGCCGGCCGCCGAGCCUCGCGAGCCGCACCUCGCCCGGGGGGUGCCCGCCGGCUUCCCCGCCCGGACGCCCGCACUGGCGGCGGCUGGGCGGCGCGCUCGGCGCGAGUUGGCCCCCGGGAGCCGCGGGCUGCCGGGCGGGGGUGGCCGCAGCCAUGGAGCCCCGCGGCAUGGAGUACUUCAGCGCUCAGGUGUUGCAGAAGGACGUCGGCGGCCGGCUGCAGGUCGGCCAGGAGCUGCUGCUCUACCUCGGCGCCCCGGGAGCCAUCCCGGACCUGGAAGAGGACCAGAACCGCCUGGCCAAGACUCUGGACGCGCUCACGGGCUGGGUGGGCUCGAGCAACUACCAGGUAUCAUUAAUGGCAUUGGAAAUUUUAAGUGCCUUUGUGGAUAAAUUAUCAACACGAUUUAAAUCCUAUGUAGCAAUGGUUAUUGAAGCUUUAGUAGACAGGAUGGGAGAUGCUAAGGACAAGGUCCGAGACGAAGCCCAGACGCUGAUCCUGAAGUUGAUGGAUCAGGUGGCACCACCAAUGUAUAUUUGGGGACUGUUGGCUUCUGGCUUUAAACACAAGAAUUUCCGAUCUCGAGAAGGCGUGUGUCUGUGUCUUAUUGAAACAUUAAACACUUUUGGGGCUCAGCCUUUAGUCCUCAGCAAAUUGGUACCACAUUUAUGUGUCCUAUUUGGAGAUUCUAAUAGUCAGGUGAGAGAUGCUGCAGUAUUGGCUAUAGUCGAGAUUUAUAGACAUGUGGGAGAGAAAGUGAGAGUGGAUCUUUAUGCAAGAGGAAUUCCUCCUGCUAGGUUAAAAGUGAUCUUUGCUAAAUUUGAUGAAGUGCAAAAUUCAGGUGGAAUGAUUUUGAGUGUCAAUAAAGAUAAAAGCUUUGAUGAUGAAGAAUCAGUGGAUGGAAAUAGGCCGUCAUCAGCUGCUUCAGCCUUCAAGGUUCCUGCACCUAAAACAUCCGGAAAUCCUGUCAACAGUGCAAGGAAACCUGGUUCAGCAGGUGGCCCAAAGGUUGGAGGUGCUUCUAAAGAAGGAGGUGCUGGAGCAGUUGAUGAGGAUGAUUUUAUAAAAGCUUUCACAGAUGUCCCUUCUAUUCAGAUUUAUUCUAGUCGAGAACUUGAAGAAACGUUAAAUAAAAUCAGGGAAAUUUUGUCGGAUGACAAGCAUGACUGGGAUCAGCGUGCCAAUGCACUUAAGAAAAUCCGAUCACUGCUGGUGGCUGGAGCCGCCCAGUAUGACUGCUUUUUCCAGCAUUUGCGCUUGUUGGAUGGGGCGCUGAAGCUUUCAGCCAAGGAUCUUAGGUCCCAGGUGGUCCGGGAAGCCUGCAUUACCGUAGCCCAUCUCUCAACAGUUUUGGGAAACAAGUUUGACCAUGGCGCUGAAGCCAUUGUACCCACCCUUUUUAAUCUUGUCCCCAAUAGCGCCAAAGUCAUGGCGACUUCUGGAUGUGCAGCAAUCAGGUUCAUCAUCCGGCAUACUCACGUACCCAGACUCAUACCUUUAAUAACAAGCAAUUGCACAUCAAAAUCAGUUCCUGUGAGGAGGCGUUCAUUUGAAUUUUUAGACUUAUUGCUGCAAGAGUGGCAGACUCAUUCCUUAGAAAGACAUGCAGCUGUCUUGGUUGAAACUAUUAAAAAGGGAAUUCACGAUGCUGAUGCUGAGGCCAGAGUGGAGGCAAGAAAGACAUAUAUGGGUCUUAGAAACCACUUUCCUGGUGAAGCUGAAACGUUAUAUAAUUCCCUUGAGCCAUCUUACCAAAAGAGUCUUCAGACCUACUUAAAGAGUUCUGGCAGUGUAGCUUCUCUUCCACAAUCGGACAGGUCUUCGUCUAGCUCGCAAGAAAGUCUCAAUCGCCCUUUUUCUUCCAAAUGGUCUACAGCAAAUCCCUCAGCGGUGGCUGGAAGAGUGUCAGCAGGUAGCAGCAAAGCCAGUUCACUCCCAGGCAGUCUGCAGCGUUCCCGAAGUGACAUUGAUGUGAAUGCCGCUGCUGGCGCCAAGGCGCAUCAUGCUUCGGGGCAGUCUGUGCGAAGUGGACGGCUCGGGGCAGGUGCCCUGAAUCCAGGCUCCUAUGCGUCCCUAGAGGAUACUUCCGACAAGAUGGAUGGAACAGCAUCUGAGGAUGGCCGAGUGAGAGCAAAGCUUUCAGCGCCACUUACUGGGAUGGGAAAUGCCAAGACGGACUCUAGAGGCCGAAGCCGGACGAAGAUGGUGUCUCAGUCACAGCCUGGCAGCCGCUCGGGGUCUCCUGGAAGAGUGCUGACCACCACAGCGCUCUCCACUGUGAGCUCUGGUGUGCAAAGAGUCCUCGUCAAUUCGGCUUCAGCACAGAAAAGAAGCAAGAUACCACGCAGCCAGGGCUGUAGCAGGGAGGCCAGCCCGUCGAGGCUCUCAGUAGCUCGCAGCAGCCGUAUCCCCCGACCCAGCGUGAGCCAAGGGUGCAGCCGGGAAGCCAGCCGGGAGAGCAGCAGGGACACGAGUCCUGUGCGCUCCUUCCAGCCCCUGGCCUCCAGACAUCAUUCCAGAUCUACUGGUGCCCUCUACGCCCCCGAAGUGUACGGGGCCUCAGGUCCGGGAUAUGGGAUCAGCCAAUCCAGCCGACUGUCCUCGUCCGUCAGUGCCAUGCGAGUCCUGAACACGGGUUCCGACGUGGAGGAGGCCGUAGCAGAUGCCUUGCUCUUAGGAGACAUGCGGACUAAGAAAAAACCGGCUCGAAGAAGAUACGAAUCGUACGGGAUGCAUUCUGACGACGACGCCAACAGUGACGCAUCCAGCGCUUGCUCGGAACGUUCGUACAGUUCUCGAAACGGCAGCAUCCCCACGUACAUGCGGCAGACAGAAGAUGUCGCGGAAGUCCUUAACCGCUGUGCUAGUUCCAAUUGGUCAGAAAGGAAGGAAGGGCUCCUGGGGCUGCAGAACUUACUGAAAAAUCAAAGAACGUUAAGUCGAGUUGAGCUGAAAAGAUUAUGUGAAAUUUUCACAAGAAUGUUUGCUGAUCCUCACGGCAAGGUAUUCAGCAUGUUUUUGGAGACACUGGUGGAUUUCAUACAAGUCCACAAAGAUGAUCUUCAAGACUGGUUGUUUGUACUGCUGACACAACUACUAAAAAAAAUGGGUGCUGACUUGCUUGGGUCUGUUCAGGCAAAAGUUCAGAAAGCCCUUGAUGUUACCAGAGAAUCUUUUCCAAAUGAUCUUCAGUUUAAUAUUCUAAUGAGAUUUACAGUUGAUCAGACCCAAACACCAAGCUUGAAGGUGAAGGUUGCUAUCCUUAAAUACAUAGAAACUCUAGCUAAGCAGAUGGAUCCAGGAGACUUUGUAAAUUCCAGUGAAACGCGCCUGGCAGUGUCUCGAGUCAUCACUUGGACGACAGAACCCAAAAGUUCUGAUGUUCGCAAGGCAGCACAGUCAGUGCUAAUUUCUUUAUUUGAACUCAAUACCCCAGAGUUUACAAUGUUAUUAGGAGCUUUACCAAAAACUUUUCAGGAUGGUGCUACCAAGCUUCUUCAUAAUCACCUUCGAAACACUGGCAAUGGAACCCAGAAUUCCAUGGGGAGUCCUUUGACGAGGCCAACACCACGAUCACCAGCCAACUGGUCCAGUCCUCUCACUUCUCCUACCAACACAUCACAGAAUACUCUAUCUCCAAGUGCAUUUGAUUAUGACACAGAAAAUAUGAACUCUGAAGAUAUUUACAGCUCUCUUCGAGGUGUUACUGAAGCAAUACAGAAUUUCAGCUUCCGUAGUCAAGAAGAUAUGAAUGAGCCGUUGAAAAGGGAUUCUAAACGAGAGGACGGAGAUUCAAUGUGUGGUGGUCCUGGGAUGGCUGACCCGAGAGCAGGAGGCGAUGCUACUGACUCCGGCCAAACAGCUCUUGAUAAUAAAGCACCCUUGCUGCACUCAGCUCCUGCUCACUCCUCUCCACGCUCCCGAGACUAUAACCCGUAUAACUAUUCCGAUAGCAUCAGCCCCUUCAACAAGUCUGCACUCAGGGAAGCCAUGUUUGACGACGACGCGGACCAGUUUCCCGACGAUCUCUCCCUAGACCAUUCUGACCUAGUUGCAGAAUUAUUGAAGGAACUGUCCAACCACAAUGAACGUGUGGAAGAAAGAAAAAUUGCCCUGUAUGAACUCAUGAAACUGACACAGGAAGAGUCCUUCAGCGUCUGGGAUGAGCACUUCAAAACAAUAUUGCUCUUACUGCUUGAAACCCUUGGGGAUAAAGAGCCAACCAUCAGGGCUUUGGCAUUAAAAGUUUUGCGAGAGAUCCUAAGGCAUCAACCAGCAAGAUUUAAAAACUAUGCGGAACUGACUGUAAUGAAAACAUUGGAAGCACACAAAGACCCUCAUAAGGAGGUGGUGAGAUCUGCUGAGGAAGCUGCAUCAGUAUUAGCCACUUCCAUUAGUCCGGAGCAGUGCAUCAAAGUGCUUUGCCCCAUCAUCCAGACUGCAGACUACCCAAUUAACCUGGCUGCAAUCAAAAUGCAAACGAAAGUGAUAGAGCGCGUGUCCAAGGAGACCCUUAACCUACUUUUGCCAGAAAUUAUGCCAGGCUUAAUACAGGGCUAUGACAACUCGGAGAGCAGCGUUCGGAAAGCCUGCGUCUUCUGCCUGGUGGCCGUUCACGCAGUGAUCGGUGAGGAACUAAAACCACAUCUCAGUCAACUCACUGGCAGUAAGAUGAAGCUGCUGAACCUUUACAUCAAACGCGCACAGACAGGUUCUGGAGGAGCCGACCCUGCUGCUGAUGGGCCCGGACAGAGCUCGUGACGCUCGGCCAAGCGAACCAGGUCUCUCCCGGAAAGGACAGGCGACGGACCACCCUCAUCAGCGAAAGGGAAUUCUCAGACCCAUCUUUUGGAGCUUAACCAUUGUUUCCUAGUUUUGAGUUUUUCGUUUUGUUCCGUUUUGUACUUUCUGUACCAGAGAACUAUGCUCAGUCUGCAUGUGACUUUUAUGAUAGCUAUUCCAGAUUCAUGAAGAAACAGUAUUAACAUCAGUUGAUCAGUACAAAGUCAUUUUUAACCUAACUCAUCAUUUCCCAUGUUUGUACUUCUUUGUCUUCCCAUUAACCUUUGCCAGUGUUAUGAUUGUAUAAAUUUUUUUAAAUGCUGGUUAAACAGGAAUGCUUAGAGCUUUAAAAGUUAACAGUCUAAAACAUUUUUUUGCUUUUAUUCCACUGAAGAAUAAUAUUUUUAUUGCUCCUUUGAGUUUUGUUCUGUAUCAUGUCCUAUGGUAGAAAUACUUCAAUGAUGUGAAACAAUGCAGGGCUAAGUUGAACUUGAGCUGGCCUCUGUUGGUGUGAAGGUGAUACGUGUCAUUCAUUGCCACUUUUGCGGGGUGAUCUGUAGAUUGAAAACUAAGACCUCAAAGAGAAAUGUUACCGAAUCAGCCAGUUCUGGAUACCUGAUACUGUUUAUUGGUUAUUGAUCUUGCCAUCUUUAUUUAAAACCAUGCCCCUUGUAUGAUCCCUUAAGAAAGCUGCACCAAAUCAUCUCCCGGUUGUUUUCUUGACACGAAUGUAGGUUUCAUUGCAGGAUUUUUGGUUUGUAUCUUUGUUGUGAAUGAUGCUUUUUUUUUUGUAUUUAUUAAUAUCAAAUUCACUUACGAAUAAACUUGAUAAUGGAAACAGACAAAAAAAAUCAAGUGCGUGUGUGUCCUUGACCAUCUUCUGUUUGUCAUUUAAUAAACAGGCUAAUUAUUGAGACAUGGGAGUUGAGAGCAGAACCUUUUCGUCCAGUGGUGGAACCUGGUUUCCUUUGACCAUGAAAUUGUCUAACUUGAGGACGUUGAUCCUGAUGAGAGAGGAGUGCCAAGGCUCUCUGCAGAUGCUGCGCUCACAUUCUCUACCUCUUCAGGGCGGGUACUUUGAACUGAACUGCUGCCUAUGGUGUCUUCUGGAAAACUACUCCAAGGGUGAUAUUCUGUUAAUUUUUUCAACCACCCCCACCCCCCCAAAAAAAAAAAAAAAACUUUUGAUCACCUUCUGGCACGCCUGUUCUUUUCAUGUGCAGCGAAUCUUCAGAAAUGACUGGUGUUGGUGCAAGGCCAAAUCAGAUCCUUUGGAACCAGGAUGCUAAUGGUUUCUCAUCUUGACUUUUUUUAUUGUUAAUUUUUUUGUUAAUCCUAACAGAAAGUGAAUUUGACUGGAAAGGCAAAUGGCUAUUAGGAAAGCAAUUUGCUUACUGUUACAGAAUUAUCUGUACUUUGUUUAAUUGAAAGGAAAAUGUAGAAAUAUAUGUAAAGAAUUGAAGACCAGAGUACUGAAUGGAUGACGUGCCCUAGGCUUGCCCCUCCCUCCCUUUUCGUUCUAGCAGCAGGAAGAUAGUUUCUCUAUGCCCCCUCCCCAUGACCUGUAACAGUUCUGUUUGCUAAUGUUGAUUACAUUGUGUAUUUAUAGUUCUAUGCUUACUGUUGUGCAUAUUACUGGCAAUAAAACUGUACAUAACAUUA